AGAGAGAGAGAGAGCAUGGCCGCAGCCGCGCCGUGGGCGAGGGCGCUGGCGGCGGCGGCACUCGCGGUUUCCGCAGCGGCCACGGACGGGCGCGACCCUGCGCCCCGCCAGGAUCGGGAUGCGACGCCGACGCCGCCAGCAGUCCGACAUACCUGGACCAACUGCGAGUGCAAGGUAAAUUGGGUGAUGGACGAUCUCGAUGGCAACUCCUUGACGUGCAACGAGGCAUGCUGCAACCUGGACGACGACCCAUUCGGUGACUACUGCUACGUGGUUGACCCAGCCUGUGAGGAAUUUGAGUGGGGCUAUUGUAGGCCAGAGAGUAUGUCGACGCCUGGUUGCACGGAUCGCCCAGCAGGUUGGAGCGAUUCUGAUGGCGACGAUUGCUAUGCCUACGCAUAUAAUGGAUUCUGCACGACGUCAGGCGGCUACGGCGCGGCCUGGCAGGAGGAUGACUGGGGCACGCUCGAAGACUACACGCAAGACGGAUACGACGCGUCAACCGCCUGCUGCGCCUGCGGCGGCGGCAGCGGCACCUACCAGGGGUACGACGACACCAAGUGCGCGGACUCUGCAGGUUGGGCGGACUCUGACGGAGACGACUGCACGUCCUACACCCAGUUCUUCUGGUGCACCCCCGAUGGGCAUACAGGCACAGGGUGGCACGAGGAGAGUGGGGCACCCUCGCCGACUUCGAGGAGGACGGACAGACCGCCCUGCAGGCGUGCUGCGGGUGCGGCGGGGGCUCGGAGGGCACCUACGAGGGCACGCAGGCCGCGCCCAAGCCCAACGGCGACACGGCAGGCAUCACAGUGCCCAGCGGCGUCGCGUGGGUCGUCGCAUCGGGGCCGUGUACGAAGGACAGCAACGGCUGCAUCUCAAGCCCGAACUACCCGAAAAGCUAUGGGGACAGCGAGAAGUGCAUCAUCGGGGUGA